AUGUUAUCAGAAGCAGAAUAUUACACAGCAUUACAAAAAUUAAAUAAUAUAUCAUCUGAUAUUCAUCGAAAACAUCAACAGAAUUACAAACAAUUAUUAAAGAAACAAAUCAAAGAAUAUGAAUAUAAAUUAAAAUAUGAACAUUUUGAACCAUUACCACACAUCCCGUACUUCAUUAACAAAAUAACAACUGAACAAACAUUACAUCAACUCAUACAGGCAGCAACAUCAUCGUCUGAAUUUAUCAUUGAUACUGAAUCCAUUAACAUACACAAGCAAAAAAAUAAACCUGCAUUAGUUCAAAUACAGAUUUUAUUACCAUACAAUUUGUCGCUUGUUAUGAUCGUCGAGAUGUGCCAUUUACCCGGUGAUAAUACUACUCGUUUUACAUUAAUUAAACAAUUGUUCGACCUUAUUAUUACGUCCAAUAAACAACUUUACAUUUGGGGAACCAAGGAUGAAUUAUUUCCUUUUAUCAACUUCAAAUUAUUUUCACAUGAACAACUUCAAUCUAUUACACCAAUUAAUCUACAACAUCAAUUUAAAUUAUUUUGGAAUGAACAACAUCCACAUUACGAUCGUAUUUCAACAUUAUCUAAUGAAGCAGAAGAUAAAUGUGUAUGUGAAAAAUGUAUCGGGAAGAAAUCAUCAGAACCUUGGUCACUCCAAGAUUCGAUUGCAUAUUUAUUAAAUGAGUAUCUUCCAAAAAUAUUAACUAAAGAAAAAUUUAAUAUCGGAUUAGAUCCUAAUUUAUUUGAUUUAGAUUUUAGCGAAAAACAAUAUCGACAACAACUGACAACAUAUGCAUUAAAUGAUUGUUUAUCGAUGCAACGAAUAUUGAUCCAUAUGAAAAAUGAAAAAAUUGAAUUUAAAUUUAAUUCGAAGAAACAUAUUGAACCUAAAUUAUUUCAAUUAUCACCUAUUAGUUCAGAUGAAGAUGAUGAUUUAUUAUAUACACAACGUACUUCAUCAUUAUAUACACAUCAAAAAAAAUUUUCAAAUCACAUUAUCUUUUCAAAUAAACCAUCUACUCCAUCUAUCGUCACUCUGGAAGAUAAAUUUCCAUUAUCAACUCGAAUAGAUUUACCUAUGAGUCAUCAACCAGAAUUAAUGCCAUCAUUUAAUGAUUUACAAAGAUACUCACAUGAUUGGGAAUCGAUAAGAACCAAUGAAAACGAUAUAAAUUUACCCGAUUGGACAAAUGCACAAUCAACAUUAAAUCGUGAUAAUCAAGAUGAAUCAACAAAUCCUCGUGAAAAAUUAUCCGAUGAUCAACGUAAAAAAAUGCACAAUAGAUCAUGUACAAUUAAACAACGUAAACGUUAUUAUCGAAAUGAAUUGAUUUUUAAAAAUAUCGAUCAUCGUUUUUCAAUAAAACAAAUUAAAAUGAUCUUUCAACAACAACAAAUUCCAUUUUAUAUAGUUAAUACAAAAACAACAACGACAAACAAAAGAACAUUAUUCGUGGCUAUUCGUAAUCCAGAAUCGAUUAAUAUAUAUGAACAACAAUCUCGGGAUUUAUUUACAACAACACAUUAUGAAAAACUUAAAACAAAUGGUCAAUUACCACGUGCAAAUCGUCGUUCAAAUUCUCAUCAUCAACAAUCUCAAUCACGUUCACGUCAUUCUCAUCAUUAA